AUGUCUGCCCCCGUCGACGCCCCCAAGCCGGUCGAGGUCCCCGAGGUUGGAACUGCUGGCACCGUUGAGCCUGCGCCCGCACCCGUCGUUGCCAGCGAGCCGGUUGUCGUGCCCGUAGAGGAGGCUCCCAAGACGGAGGAUGUCCCCAAGACCGAGGGCGAGGCCGCAGUGCCCGUAGAAGAGGCUAAGGAGGAGAAGGUCGUCGAGCCCAUCUACAGCGGUGCGCUCGGCUACAAGGCGCCUGGCCUGAAGAACGCCUUCCGCUUCGCCAAGAAGUACUUCUGGUUCGGCGAGGAGCCCGUUGCCGCCGACAACCUGAGGGAGUACCUCCGCGGCGAGAAGCCCGAGGUUGCCCACCCCGUUGUCGCCUGGUCCAGCCAGACCGGAAAGGGUCUGCUUUUCUUCGUCAAGCACGCCGACCAGAAGGAGCACCCCGCCGGUGUCCUAAACUUGGCCUAUGCCACCGACCUCGCCAAGGACGGCGCCGUCGCUUUCGCGUUCAAGAUCUCCGGCCACAAGCACACCUUCGAGGCCACCACCGCCGCCGAGCGUGACGGAUGGUUCGUCGCCGUUGAGAAGGCCAUCACCGAGGCCAAGGCGUCCAAGGACACCAUCGAGUCGAGCGAGGGCUACAAGGAGAACAAGGAGAAGAUUGGUAAGCCCACCGCGCUAGCGGGAGCUACAUCCUCCGCCCCCAAGAAGAGCAUGGACGCGACCCCCAAGCUCGCCGAGGGUGAGACCGCCGCUGCUGGCGAGCCCGUCGCUGCUCGCACUGGAUCUUCUUCCAGCUCUUCUUCCGACGAGGAGAAGCGCAAGAAGGCUGCUAAGAGCAAGUCCCGCUCUGUCUCCCGUGGCAAGCGCGCCAGCCUCUUCGGCGGCCUGCUCGGAAAGAAGGACAAGGAGCCCAAGGAGGAGACCGAUGCCGUCAAGACCGAGCCUGAGGUCAAGAAGGAGGAACCCGCCGUUGUUCCCCACCUCGACGAGAUCCCCGCCACUGCUCCCGUCAAUGCCAACGACGUUGUGAAGCCCACCGAGGAGACCACCGUCGAGCCCGUCGUUCCUGUUGUCGCUGCUCCUGCUGAGGAGGCUACCAAGGUCGACGAGACCGCUGUCCCCGCCACCGCUGAGAAGCCCAAGCCCCAGAAGCGUGGUUCCAUUUUCGGAUCCUUCGUUGAGAAGCUCAAGUCUCCCACCACCGAGAAGAAGGAGCACGAGGCUGGUCUUGCCUCCACACCCGUCAAGGAGAACGAGACCGCCCCAGAGGCCACCAAGCCCCUCGAGGAGGCACAGGUUGGCACACCUGUCGUUGCUGAGCCCACUGUCGUUGCCACUGAGCCAGCUAAGACUGAAGAGGCCAAGGUCUCUACUCCCUCCAAGGAGAAGGACCACUUCAAGUUCGGAAAGUUCUUCGGCUCCAAGGACCGCGCCAAGUCGCCCGCUCGCGAGCCCAAGGUCGACGCGGCUGCCCCUCAGAUCGCUGACACCACCGCGCCAGCCACCGCUGAGCCCGUCCAGGCCGUCGAGCCUGCCCCCAUUGCUGAGACCAAGGCUGAGGCCACCCCCGAGACCGAGGCUCCCAAGCAAGACAAGCGCAAGUCGUUCUUCGGCAACCUCGGCCGCUCGCUCUCCAAGGCGACCGGCAACAAGGCACCCAAGGACAAGAAGGACGCCGCCAGCCCUGCUCCCGUCGCCGAGGAGGAGGCCGCUGCUGCCCCUGCCGUUGAGGAGAAGAAGGAGGAGACCACCGCCCCUGUCGUAGCAGACAUCCCCGCUGAGAACAGUGUGGGCGAUGCUUCGAAAAGCGCCAACCCGACUGUCGCUACAACUGCUGACGACAGUCCGCCUGCUGUCCGCGCGCAUUCGUCGUCGCGCAACAUCACAGCGCCCUCGACGCGACCGAGCUCUCCUCCCUCACGCGCCUCACAUGCUUCGCAGGGCAAUGCGCCGAGUCGCCCAGAUGCCAACAACCGUCCCAACACGCCUCUCAAGCCCAUAUCCUCGACUCAGCGCUCGCGCCUGCCUAAUACGCUCGCUUCACCCACAGCUAAGAGCAGUGGCCGCAUCCAGCCUCUAACAGACUCUACGCACUCGACAUGGACCCGAUCGCGACUAGGGAAAGAGCGCGAAGACUGGUGGGAUACACAGGUCACAGGUUCGGAGCAGAUAUGGGGCGCCAUACGUCUUGUAGCGCAGCAUCUACAGGCUGGACAGUUGCAAGAGGCGCAGACGAUGCUCGAUGUCAGUGACUGCACGUGCCCGACGGGCUUGCUCUGGCGAGGCGUCUACGAUGCGACUGGCGUCCAAUACAAAGUCCCCGAGUGGGUAGUAGUAGAGCCAGAAGGCCUAGCAGAAGAGGGUGGCAUGGACGAUAAAGACUUGGCUGGAGAUGCGAGCGCCAGCGCUGUGCCGGAGACGGUUGAAGAUACCCUCGCCGACGACUCCGACAGCCUUAUACGUGUGAAAGUAAGGACGAGUCACGACCAGCGGGAUCAUCAGGUUGUCAUGCGGAUGAGAGAUUCGGUCGCAACCAUUAUUGAGAAGCUGAAGAAGCAAGCAAAGCUCGAUUCCACCCUCGUAAUUCGUCUCGCAUACGGCGGACGUAUCUAUGAACCCAAAGAGAUGCUUGAAUCCAAUGCCUACUGGAAUUUUGCUAACAACUACAUCAUCACCGCUCUCGUCUUUCAGUAA